AAGCCAGUCGUUUUUGCGCUUGAAAAAUGCUGCCCGCUUUCCCGAGAAUGGUCCACACGGACUGAUGUGAUGUGUGUCUCAGAGCCAGCACAAACAAUUCGAACUUUGUUAUUACAGUACUUUUAUUGAUAUUGCGCUGGUUAACCGGUUUCGACUGGAUCGGCCACGGCUUUUGCGUGCCUCUUGAGUGCCAAGAUAAAACGCCAAUUCGAAUGAUAACCCAUUUUCCCAAGAGGAUCUUUGACGUCAACGGGGUACCCACACUUGUAUCUGCCUGGAGGAUUAUCUAGAAGUCUUCCGCCUCGACUUCAGUCUUUUCAACCAGAUGCUAUACGUCCCUAAAGAUAGAUACCGCUAAGUCCCUACGAAAAAGUUAAUAUAAUUGCGGCUUUUGCCAAUCUCUCCAAUCUCUUGUGAGCGUUUUUUGUUAAGUUUUCCUAUACAGGGUGCUUCAAAAUGGGCGUCAUUCCUCUGGGGGUGUUUAGGAAAAAUAGUAGAAAAUAAUUCUGCUCAAAAACUGAAAUGUUUGCAGAAAAGUAGAUCAGAAACUAUGCAAUAAUGUUUUUCAAAGUAGGAACUCGGCAUCAUUAACAUUACGUAACUGUCAGAUGUAAACACAAAUGUCAACGAAAUAAGUGUCAAAUUACUAUUUAACUUGUAGUUAUACGUUUAACCACCAGGGGGCUUCUGGUCUCAAUUUUUACGGGUCUGGUAGACCAGGGAUGUUGUGCAAUGCUCCGAGUACUCCUGACAGGCUCUGCAGCAAUUAUUUCCAAUAGAUGUUCUUCUAAUGUCUGGAAAUCGAACAUCUAUUGGUCGCCCACUUCCUGGAGCCAAUCGUCCAGUGUCUCCAGCCUUUUCUGGGCUUAAGUUCUUACAGCUUCUGCCAUGUUAGGUACUGGUAGCAUGUCUUAGAUGGUAGCAUGGAGCAUGGUAGAAAAAACUUCUAAGCAAAGUUUGCCCCCAGCAUGGAACAAUUAAUUGUUCCUAAAUGCGACGAAAUCCGGCAUGUUCUGCUUAAAAUAGCCGCUCGGCUUAUGGGAGUGAUAAGAGUGGAGGAACUGGUUCGCGCCGGUUUUCCGGGUCAGGCAUCAAACUUAUCGAACCCCCAAGACAAGGAGAGCAUCCGAACUGGCGCGAACUGGAUUCGGAAGCGCAACUGCGACUUUGUGUAAAUAUGUUCACGACUUUGCCCCCCUUGAUGCUGCCAGAUCAGUACUGAGGGCAGAAUUGAUGGGUGGGUUUUUCGUGCUCUGGAGGGCCGUUUUCCGACCAGAGGAGCCUCAGCGCUCGUGAGAAAGGCGCUGGGAGGAGCUUGGGCCACCCUACGGGGCGGAGCUUGCCGAAGGACGAAUUCCCCGCGCAAGGCGACCGCCCGGCACGGCCCUGUACAAUCAAACCAAUCCUUAUCAGUCACGAUUCGAUUAAAUGGAUGAUCGUGGGGCAGCCGCUCCAGUACUACCACCCUCUAGGGAACACGCCGUCACUCUCUUUAUUAGAGCCGCCUCUGGCCUACUUCCGGCCCUUCGAUCGCCUAACCAUGGAACACCAAGAGGACUAUCCCAUGAUCACCUCGCCUAGCAAUAGCACUCAGAGCGACAGCGACAACUCAUUGUCGAGUAUUGAGGUGCCGUCUCACUCGAUCGCUAUUCCGAAAAAGGAGGAGAAAAAACAGUGCUUGUGGACAAAUUGUGGUGCUAGUUUUCCGUCGCUGAGCGAGCUGGCCGGGCAUGUGAGCCAGUGCCACUCGUCGGGAGGGCCGGAUGGACUUUUCCACUGCGGCUGGGAGGGAUGCACCCGCACCAAGGGAUUUAACGCGCGGUACAAGAUGCUGGUGCAUGUGCGCACCCACACCAAUGAGAAACCGCACCGCUGCUUCCAGUGCGAAAAGUCGUUCUCCAGGGCGGAAAACCUGAAAAUUCACUCGCGCUCGCAUAGCGGAGAGAAGCCCUACGUGUGCCCAGUGGCGGGGUGUAGCAAAGCCUACUCGAAUUCGAGCGACCGCUUCAAGCACACCCGUACCCACUCGGUGGAGAAGCCCUAUCAGUGCAAGGUGCCCGGAUGCCCCAAACGCUACACGGACCCCAGCAGCCUGCGCAAGCAUGUUAAGACCUACAAACAUUAUCCGAGUGAGGAGCCGGUUGACAGCCCAGUGCAUGUCAUCAGUGUCAACAACGUCAACACCACAGACAGUGCAAUGUUUAGAGUGCAAAUUGACAUCAAGGAGCAGCGGUUUGGGUUCAGUGAGCGGACGAAGCUCUACAGGCCGUAUGAGCUGGACAGUGAGCGCCGCGACGUCGACAUGCCGCUCGACUUGAGCACCAGGCGCAGCCUCUGAUUGGCCGCCUGUCGCCUGCUGCAGUCAGUAUUAUUAAGGAGCAUGUCAAUUGUGAUACCAAUGGAGAGAUUUCUAUAUAUACAAUAAUUAUUUUAGUUUUAGGAUUUGUAAAUAAAUAAGUUUUUAAUUGAA